AGCCUAAAAGUUCAGUAUUUUUCUCUCUUAAAUAAUUCAAUUUUUCUCCAUCUAAAUUUUGUACGGUUAACGACGGGAGGGAGUGACCGGCGGCGGAGAUCAGUGGCGGAGCUGAGCUUUCAGUGGAGAAGAUAUUUUCUGGCAAUGGGAAGCUUACGUGACAUUUCGGUUGCCAUUUUUGUAGUUCAAGCUCUGUUAGCUACAGUAGUUUUGGUUUCAGCUCAAGGAUCUACUACUGCUCGUCCUCGUUGGCAGACUUUAAGCGGGGAUGCGCCCUUUGUCGUAGCACGUGGUGGAUUUUCUGGAAUAUUUGCAGACUCCAGUUUUGGAGCUUAUAGUUUGGCUUUGAUGACGGGUCCUUCUGAUGUGAUCUUAUGGUGUGAUGUGCAGUUAACAAAAGAUGGAGCUGGAAUUUGCUUUCCUGAUCUUAAGCUAGAUAAUAAUUCUAACAUUGCUUCUGUUUUCAAUGAUAAACCAAAGACUUACCUUGUUAAUGGGGUCUCUACCAAGGGAUUAUUUUCUAUUGAUUACACUCUCAAGGAUCUUGGAAAUGUCAUUUUCAAUCAAGGUGUCUAUUCUCGAACAAAUAAGUUUGAUGGCCAGAAUUACCUAAUUAUGACUGUUCUGGAUACCUACACUCAAUUGAAACCACUUGGUUUUUGGUUGAAUAUUCAGCAUGAUGCGUUCUAUGCACAGCAAAACUUGAGGAUGAGAAGCUUUCUACUUUCCGUAAUUAGAAAUGCAUCUGUCACUAUUGACUAUAUUUCGUCACCAGAGGUGGCUUUCUUGCAAAAUAUUGCUCCAAUUUUCCGAAGAAGUGCAACAAAGUUUGUCUUCCGGUUUCUAGGACCAGAGGAUGUGGAGCCUUCAACCAAUCAGACCUAUGAUUCUCUCUCGAAAAAUCUCACAUUUAUCAAGACGUUUGCCUCUGGAAUCAUUGUACCCAAGUCUUAUAUAUGGCCUGUAGAUGGAGGCCUUUACUUGCAACCUCCUACCUCUAUUGUCUUGGAUGCUCACAAAGAAGGGCUAGAAGUUUUUGCAUCGGAAUUUUAUAAUGAUAUUCCAUUUAGCUUCAAUUACUCAUAUGAUCCAGUGGCAGAGUACCUUCAAUUUGUUGACAAUGGUAUAUUCUCUGUUGAUGGGGUGAUAUCCGACUUCCCAAUAACUCCAUCAGCAGCUAUAGAUUGUUUUGCUCACCUAGGAAAAAAUGCUACAAAACAAGUGGACCUUUUGGUCAUCUCAAAUAAUGGAGCAAGUGGAGACUAUCCUGGUUGUACUGACAUGGCAUAUGCAAAAGCAAUUCAAGAUGGUGUAGAUGUACUUGACUGUCCUGUUCAAAUGACAAAGGAUGGAACACCUAUUUGCUUGGGCACUAUAAAUCUCAUAGAUAGUACUACAGUUACUCAAUCAGGUUUUAGCAAUCUUACAACAACUAUUCCAGAGGUUAUGCAGGGCAGUGGAAUCUUUACCUUCAACCUGGCAUGGAGUGAUAUUAAAACCUUGAAACCUGUGAUAUCAAGCCCACAAUCACAGUACAAAUUGUUUCGGAAUCCGAAGUUCAGAAAUGCUGGGAACUUCUUAACGUUAUCUGACUUUUUAAGCAUGGCAAAAAAUGUUAGCUCUCUUCAUGGUAUCUUAAUUGGCAUAGAGAAUGCUCCUUACCUUGCAAAGCAGGGAUUUGGUGUAACUGAUGCAGUGCUUGAUGCCUUGAGCAAAGCUGGCUAUGAUAAGCAAACAGCUCAAAAAGUUAUGAUACAGUCCAGUAAUAGCUGUGUUUUAAUGAAGUUCAAGGGUAAAGCCAAUUAUCAGCUUGUCUACAAGGUUGAUGAAGAUAUUGGCGGUGCUCAAAGUUCAACCAUUGAUGACAUUAAGAGAUUUGCCAGCGCAGUUGUCAUUAGCAAGGACUCUGUGUUUCCCGAGAAUUCGGCAUUCCUUGCCGGUACUACAGAUGUUGUACAAAGGCUACAAGCUGCUAAUCUCUCUGUAUUAGUUCAAACCUUCAGUAAUGAGUUUACAUCUCAAGCAUGGGACUUCUUCUCUGAUGCAACUGUUGAGAUCAAUACCUUCUACAGGGGAGCCGGUAUAAAUGGUGUCAUUACAGAUUUCCCAAAGACGUCUGAUAGAUACCGGAAGAACCGAUGCUUGAGGCGAGGCAACAAAACACCCAAUUACAUGAAUCCUGUGGAACCUGGCGGCCUUUUACAAUUAGUCACAUCUGCUUACUUGCCACCAGCUGAAGCUCCAAACCCCUACCUGACUGAGGCAGAUGUUGUUGAGGCUCCUUUGCCUCCUGUUGUUGCAAAAACCCCAACUUCGACUCCAUCUGGUACUGCAUCAUCCCCAAGAUCAUCACCAAACGGACAGCCUAAACUCGCUGCGACUGUCAUUGUACCACUUAUGGCUGUGCUUCUCGCCAUAUAUUUACUGUUUUGAAAAUCUUAUAAGAGUCAGUCCUGCUCUUAACCAUUUUUACCCCCCUUUUCUUAUAAAUCUUAUUGCUUGGAUAUGGAGUAGCUAGAAGGUUUUGGUGCAGGAAUGCACUGCCGGCGGCAAAGACCGGCCUUUCUUAGUUGUCUCCGCUCCAAACAGCAGUGUUAAUUCUUCCCCUUAUAAUUUUGUAUGUAUGUAUGUUCAUUCUUCUUGUCUAGUUUUUAGAAGCAAAGAAUUCUUGAUAGCUACAUAUGUUUAAUGUACGCAUUCCCUAUAUGAUUUGUGUAGGAUUUGUUUGUCAUUGUUCAUUUGCGUGAAUUAUUUAUAGAUUUAUCAGCCUUACCCUUUAACCUCUA